GGCUCGGAGUCAUUCAGUCCGGCCAUUGGACCUCCCACAAUCCCUUGCAGUAAGAUGCAUGAUAUGCACAUUGCUCUAGGACAAGAUCACUUGUAGCAUAACCCAGCUGUCUGCACUCUGCACCGCGUGAAACGGCGCGUGUCGGAGAUGCUGCGGAGUGUCAAAUACCCGGAGUGGAGUCAUUCUGCCGGCCCCCACCGCCGCGCCUGUCGACACGCAGCAUCAACGCCAUCCCGCCAAUGUCACCAUCUCCAGGAGGCUGCUUGACGCCGUCCAUCUUGCGCAUUUGACAUUUGUCAGGGAGCUGAUUAUACUCUCGCUAUGGAACAACAACCGCUUCAACCGCAGCAGGGCGACCUGAACUGGCGUCUCAGUGCUCAUCCCAUUACCCUCAUGUUCUUUCUGGGCUUCCGCAUCAGCGCCCUGCUGAUGUACCUGUUUGGCGUGCUCUUUAUCAAGAAUUUCGUCCUCGUCUUCAUUCUCACCCUCCUUCUCCUCUCCGCCGACUUCUACUACCUCAAAAACAUCGCCGGUCGUCGCCUCGUCGGUCUCCGCUGGUGGAACGAAGUCAACACCUCCACCGGCGACUCACACUGGGUCUUUGAGUCCUCCGAUCCCACCACCCGGGCCAUCGCCGCCACUGAUAAACGUUUCUUCUGGUUGAGUCUGUACGUGGCCCCGGCGCUGUGGAUCGGCCUGGCCGUUUUGGCUAUCAUCCGGUUGAGCAGUGUGAUCUGGUUGAGUCUUGUUGCAAUUGCCCUCGCAUUGACCAUCACCAACACGGUGGCAUUCUCCCGCUGCGAUCGGUUCAGUCAGGCGUCGACAUUCGCGAACAGUGCGCUUUCCGGGGGCAUUGUGAGUAACCUUGCGGGGGGUCUGCUGGGCAGACUCUUCAAGUAAGAUGUUACUGGAAAAUUGAAUUGAAAUAUAACUAUUGGGAGUCGGAUCGGAUUCAUGCUGGAUGUGGAUUCGGGGUUCUUUCUGUUUAGUCGUUUUGUUCUGGGAUUGUGGAUUGUGGUGGCUGUUUGACUGGGGAAGUUACUGAUGGAGGAAAGUAAUGGUGGGGGUUUUGUCUUGCGGGUUAUAGCGUGUAUGGCUUAGAUUGCUCAAUUGAUUGUAUUGUACUCUU